AUGAAAAAUUACAGAAGAAGGCAGCGGAUGAACUUUUGAGAUGGGCCUUCCAAUAUAAAAACAAGAGUCUUAUGAUUGGAUUACUUCGCAUUAUAUUUUUAUAAAGACCUUCGCUAUAAAAUUCUAGAAAAUGCUGCUGCUAGAUAUUUUAUUAAUACUUUUAAACUGAGCGGGCCAGAAAGUAUAUCGUUUUCUGAGAAAGAAAGCGGUUUGCAGCUUGGAAGAAGAAUUACUAUAGCUGUUUCUCCUUCUGAAUCAAAGAAGUAUUUUAUUAAAACCCAGAGAUAUGGAGCACUCGAUGAUUAUAGCACGAGGAGCCAACUAAAAGAAUUAGAUCCAAAAGAGGCUUUUAUUUAUUAUCUUCUUUAUCAAUUAAAUAUUGGUCCUAAGGUUCACUUUUUCUGGGAAGAUAAGAUCAGUUUUUAUAUUGCAACAGAGGAUCUGAAUGAGAGAGGAUCAUUUAACGAGUACAGCAAGCUUUAUGAAAAGUUUCUGGAUCCAGCAAAAACAGCAUUAGAAGACAUCCCUCAAGAAUAUUUCCAUAUUUGUGACGAACUGUUAAAAUUAGAUUUGAUUUCAAGAAUUUUAUGCUUAACUGAUACUACAAUAAACAAAGAAAACUUUGGAUUUCUUGAAAUUAAUGGAGAAGUAUCUUUAUUUUUGAUUGAUUUUUAUGUAAAAAAAGACUCAUUCUAUAUGGAUGAACGCGUAUUUUUAGAUUUUUUAAAGCCAUUUUGCCCAAGUAGCGCAGACCCAACAAGUAGAUUCGCCUUAGCAAAAAGGAGCCAAAUAGAUCGUGCUAAAGUGGCGGCUAAUUUCCUUAAUAGUGUCAAUAUCCUUCAAGCCAUUGAAACUAGCUGGGAAAAUGUGUCAUAUAUCUUUAGAGCAUUAGAUAUGAAUACUAAUGAUCUUUCAAAUUAUAUUGUUGGGAUUAAGAUGAACUUUCAAUAUAUUAAAGAAGGACUGAUAAUGAUGCUAGAGUCGAUGAAUAAAUUUAUAUUUGAUAAAGAAGAUUAA